AUGGCCAGCAGCGGCGGUGGCGGGGGGAGCGGCGGGAGCGGCGGAGGCAGUGCGCGGUCCGUGCGGGAGCUGAAGAGCAUGUUCGGCAAGGCCGCCGCCGCGCCGUCCGCCGCCGCCUACGUCAGCAAGCUGCAGGCCGUCACGGCUAGGGACCAGCCCUCCGGACAAGUCGGCGGGAAACAGGCGGAGGAUUCCCCGCUUUCCGCCGCGCAGCAGGCGCUCCGCUCCCCCUCCCCGCUGGCGCUUCCCGUCCAGCGGGACAAGGGGAAUCCUCCCAGCGGCGCACUUCCGCCGAACGCGCGUUCCGCGUCUCCUUCCCCCGUCCCCGCGCGCACCAUUCUCACCACCCCCGGGCAGGCCGCGCCCCGCCCUUCCCAUUCCGCACAACCUGACGUCAGCAAGGCUGCAGCCGGUGCAGACGAGCGGGGGGGCGGCGGAGGGGCAGGGGGGAGGGAGCAGGGGACGGCGAGUCAUGCGGCUGCGGCGCACACGCAGGUAUUGAUGGGAAGAAUACUCGGGAGAAUCCUUUUUAGCAGGCAGAGUGGGAAACCGCCCGUGUCUUUGCUCGCAUCACGCUCGUUGCUCUCUGAACCCCGCACCCCCACCUUUCUGCACCAGCUGAGCGCGGAGCAGGCGGGGCGGUUGAAGCAGGUAGAGGAGAGCCUCGAGGCGACCAACUACGAGCUGACCCCCUGCCCAUUCCGCCUCACAGCUCCUCUUCCGACUCUUCUCCCUUCCCCCCCUCCAACCACCACCCGCGCCCCUUCCCGCCACCAGCUGAGCGCGGAGCAGGCGGGGCGGCUGAAGCAGGUGGAGGAGAGUCUCGAGGCGACCAACUAUGAGCUGGCGGCGCUGCGGGCGAAGCACAACGAGAAGACGGCGCGACUCAAAGCGCUGCAGGAGAGCAACGUGACUCUGGAGCACAAGGCCAAGGGGCUGCAGGCAACGUUAACGGCAGCAGAAGCAGAGAUCGCUGGGUUCGAGGAGGAGAAGGAGGCGCUGCGGCGACGCGUGGAGGAGGAGGAGGCGGUGAAGCGAGAGGCAGCCGUGCGGAGCGCCUUGGAGCGGCAGCAGGAGGAGCGAAUCGCCCCGCUGCAGUCUGCACUACAGACGCUGGAUGCCGCCCAUGAGGGGGCGAUGAAGGAGCUGGUGCUGCUAAGAGAGUCCUUUAAAGCGGCGGUGGAAGAGGGUAAGUAUUUAAGAGCUAGGCAGGCAGAGGGAGAGGUGCAAGUGGUUGAGCUUAGGGCCAUGCAGGAGGUGGUUUUGGGGGAUUUGGAUUCACUGAGAGGUCGGCAUGAGAGUGUGUGUAAGGAGCUUGAGGAGGAGAAGGAGGCGAGGGAGAGGGAGAGGAAGGAAGGGAAGGAGGCGAGGGAGCGGGCGGAGAGGUUAGACAUGGAGAAAGCGAAGUGGGGGGGGAAGAUGGAGGAGGAGAAGAGGAUGAGGGAGGAACUGGAGGGGGAGGUGGAGAGAGAGAGGAGGGAGCGAGCAGAGGUAGAGGGGAGGUUGGAGGCAGUACGGGAGGAGAGAGAGGCGGAGAAGAAGGCUAGGGAGGAGGUGCAGGGUGUGUGUGAGGGACUGAAGAAGGAUGUAGAGCGGUUGGAGGGAGAAGCGGAGGCGUUGAAAGCAGGGAGGGACGAGACUGGACGGCUGUUGGCAGGGGCAGAGGCGGAGAGGGAGGAGGAGGCGAAGAUAGCCAAGAGAGUGAGGGAGGAGAAGGAAGAGAAGGAGAAACAGCUGGGAGAGUUGAGAGAAGAGCAUGGGAGAACGCAGGGGGAGCUGGAGGCACUGCGGGUGCAGUAUAGGAGCAAGGAGGUUGCGUUUGAUACGUUGGUGGUGAGUCAUGGAGCCAUGGGCGCUGCUGUGGAGGCUAUGAGAGGCGAGAUGGAGGAGAAGGCUCGGCAGGCGGAGGUCUCUGCGAAGGCUGCGGACGAGGCUCGGCAGCAGAUGCUGGAGGCUCGGGAGGAGCUUGGGAAGGUGCAGGGGGAACUGGAGAAGGUGGUAAGUGAGGUGGAGAGAGUGAGGGAGGAGGGGAGGGAGAGGGAGAGGGAGAUGGGGGAGAUGAAGGAGAGGCAUGAGAGGGAGGUGGCUGAGAGGGAAGAAGAGGUGGAGAGACAGCUGGGUGCGUUGAGGAGUGAGUUGGAGGAGAGUAGGAAGAAAAGAGAGGAGGCUGAGACGCGGGAGGGGGAAGUGAGAAAGGCAAGGGAGGAGGUGGAGAGGGCGAGGGAGGAGGAGGAGAGGGAGAGGAGGAAAGCAGAGGAGGAGGUGAGGAGGUUGGAGGAGGAGGUGGAGAGGGAGAGGGAGGAGCGGAGGAGUGAGGUGGAGGAGUUGAGGGGAGCACAGGAGCAGCUGGAGGAGAAGAGAGGGGAGGCUGAGGGUGAAGUGAAGAGGAUGACUGAGGAGGUUGAGAGGGUGAAGGGGGAGUGUGAGGAGAGGAGGAAAGAGGGUGAAGAGAGGAGCAGGGAAGUGGAGGAGAAGUGUGAGGAAGUGAGGGUGGUGAAGGGUGAGUUGGAGGAGUUAAACAGGGAGAUGGAGGGACUGAGGGAGAAAUUGGCAGAGAGGGAGAGGGACUUGGAACGAAUGAGGGGGGAGCUGGAGGCAGUGAGAGGGGAGAGGGAGGAGGCGAGGAAGAGAGAGGAGGAGCUGAGAGGACAGCUGGAAGCAGCAAAGGUGGAAGCUUCCAGGAAGGAGGCGGAGCUGCUGGUGCGAGUGGAAGAGGCAGGGAAGGGGAGAGAGGCGGCAGAGAGGGAUGGGGAGGAGAGGGGGAUGGAGAGGGAUGAGAUUAAGGAGGCUCUGUGGGUGGAGAAGGGGAAGGUGGAGGUGGGGGAGGAGAGAGUGAGGGGGUUAGAGAGGGAGAUGGAGGAGGUGAGGAAGGGGAGGGAAGAGAUGGGCGAGAGGGUGGGGCAGCUGGAGAAGCGAUUGGAGGAGGCUGGUGCUGAGCUGGCAGCGGCGCAGGCUGAUGUGGCGAAGCGUGUGGAUGAGGUGGCACGGCUGAAAGCUGAGGUGGACUCAAAGGGGGUUGAGCUGGAUGGGGUGAGGAAAGAGUUGGAGAAGGAGAAAGAGCAGCACAGAGAGACACGGAAGGGCCUGGAGGGGAUAAGAGAAGAACACAGGGAGGCAAAGGAGGAAGUAGCGAGGCUUAAGGAGCAGCUUGCAGGGAUCGGGGGCGAGAAGAAGGCUUUAGGAAACGCACACACGAAGCUAGAGGAGGAGGUGAAGGAACUGCGUGGAAGGUGGGAGGAGGUGAUGAGGGAGAGGGAGGAGGAGAGGGUCAAACAUGCCGGUGUGGUGGUGCGGUUGGAGGGGGUGCAGAGGGAUGUGGAGGAGGCGCGAGGGAGAGAGGAGGAGAAGAAGAGAGAGGUGGAGGGGUUGCAAGAGAGAGUGAGUGAGGCAGAGAGGGAGGUUGUCGGAUGGAAGGGGAAGUGUACUGAGCUGGAAGAGGGGAUGAGCCGGGUCAGUGCCAAGCUGGCAAAGGUAGAGGCUGAGCUGGCAGCUUCGCUGGCGGCUGCUCAAUUGGCAACUGUAGAGGUGGCGGGGGUGAGGGAAGAGGCCAGGUUGGCUCGGUCCGAGGCUGAUCAGCUUCGGGAAGAAGUGGCUCGGCAGACAGCCAAGGCUGAGGCUCGGGAAGAGGCGCAGAGGGUUUGGGAGGAGAAGCAUAGGGAGGCAGUGGCAGAAGGAGAGGUGAGGAAGCAGGAAGCAGAGAAGGUGGCUGCUGACGCAGACAAGAUGCAAGCUGAGCUGGCGGUGAUGAUGGGUGAGGUGGCAGCUGUGUCAGCCGCGCUGUCAGCUGCAAAGGCUGAGAGUGAGGCGGCAAGGAAAAAGCAGGAGGCGGCGGAGAGGGAGGUGCAAGUGGUGCAGGUACAACUGAGAGAUGCUCAGAGGGAAUUGGAGGAGGCGAAGCGAGGGGUGGUGGAGGCUAGGAGCGUGGGGGACGGGGAAAAGGGACGAGCAGAAACAGCCAUGAGGCAAGCUGCAGAGGCGUGGGAGGAGGUGGGGCGGUGGAAGGGAGAGGCCGAGCGGAGCAAAACCGAUGUUGAGUUGCUAGAGAGGGAGGUGAAGGGGAGGGAGGGGCGGAUUGAGGAGCUUAGGAGGGAGGUGAGAGAGAGGGAGAGUGAGGUGGUGGAGUUGCAGCAGGAGAUGGAGAGAGUGAGAAAGGAGAUGGAAGAAGUGAGUGUGAGAGAGGAGGAGUUGGCCGCGACAGUGAAUAGGGUGAUUGGGGAGGAGCAGGGGAAGGUGGCUGCGGCUGAAGAGAGAGUGAGGGAGGUGGGAGGGGAGAAAGAGAAGAUGGAGGAGAGAGUGAGAGAGGCUGUUGGGGAAAAGGAGAAGCUUGAGGAGAGAGUGAGGGAGGUGGAGGGGGAAGUGGAGAGAGUGAAGGGGGAGAGGGUGAGGAUGGAAGAGGAGGUGGUGAGUGUGAGGGAGAGAGCAGGGGAGGUGGAGAGGGAAGUGGAAGAGUUGAGAAAGGAGAGGGAUGAGCGGAGCAAAGAAGUUGACGAGUUAAAUGCCAGCCUGGCAGCGCUCCGUGCUGAGCUGGCAUUCGUCCUAUCCGAGCUGGAAAGCCGGAAUGCUGAGGUGGAAAAGGUGCGAUCUGAUCUGGCAGCAGCAACCGGAGAUUUGGAGAAGGAAAAGGCAGCAGGGGCAGUGGUAGCAGCAGAGAUGGAGGGACUGAAAUCCCUGCAUGCUCUGCUGCAGGAGGAACAUGGGCGAGUGGUAUCAGAGCAGGAUCGGCUGGUGGGGGCGUACGAGAGGGAAGUGCAGGAGAAGGACGAGGUGAAGGCAGAAAAAGCAGCACUCGCUGCUAAGGUUGCCGAGGCAGAGGUACGGACCGAAGCUGUGAAGGAGGAACUGGCUCGGGCGGUUGCCGAGGCUGAGGAGGCUCGGGAAAAGGUGAAGGCUGAAGCUGAGGAGGCUCGGCAGGAGCUGGUUCGGAGGGAGGAGGAGGUGCGGGUGUUGAGGGAGCAGAAGAAAGAGGAGGUUGAAACGUUGAAGCAGCAGCAGCAAGAGCAGCAGCAAAUGCAGCAGCAGGAGCAGGAGAAAGAGAUUCAAGCGUUGAAAAAGGAGGUGGAGGAGUUGAAGCAGCACCAGGCUGUGGGUGUGGAGGAUGUAAACAUGUGGAAGACAGCUAAUGAAGUGCAAGUUGCUGAGCUGGCAACAGUCAAGGCUGAGCUGGAAACUGCCCAUGCUGCGCUGGCAGAAAUGAAGAUUGAGCGCGAGAGUAAAGAGCGUGAGCUGGCAGCAGCUGCUGACGAAGCAAAGGCGAAAGAAGAAGCUGUGAACGAGAAAGAGGAGAUAUGUAGCAAGCUGACAAAUGAGCUGGAAUCGCUGAAAUCUGAGCUGGAAAUUCGUAACGCUGAGCUGGCAGCGCUGACGGUGAAGGAUGAGGGGAUAGCAGCUGCAAUGAGGGAGCAGAUGCAGGCUCGGAGUGAGGCGGAGGGGCAGGUGAAAGAAGCUCAAAAGGAGGUGCAGCUGGUGCAGGCUCAGCUGGGGGAGGUGCGAUCUGAGUGUGAGGGGCUGAGGGGUGAGAAGGAGAGGCUUGAGAGAGAGGUGGAGGAGGGGAGGAGGGAGGUCGCUGAGAAGGAAAAAGAGGCUGACAGGAUGGUGGGGGAGGUGGAGAGAGGGAGGACUGAGGCUGCAAAGGCGGAGGGGAGGGCAGAGGUGCUGCAAGGGAUGGUGGCUGCACUGACAGUAGAGCUAGGUGCUCUGAGGAAGGAGCUUCAGGAGGAACGAGAAAAAGCAUCUGAUCGUGUUGCUGUUGCUGCUGCUGCUGCUGCUGCUGCUGAUGUGGCGUCGGCAGCUGCGGUGUCAGAGUCGCUGCGUGCCAGGCUGGCAGCGGCGGAGGAGAGAGAGAAGGAGCUGGAGCGGAGGGUGGAGGAGAGGGAGCAGCAGGUGGUGCGGGGCGUGGGGGAGGGGGAGGCGAAGGCAGGAGCAGCAGUGAGAGCAGCAGAGGAGAGAGCCAAGGAGCUGCAGCGGCAGUUGAGAGAGGAGGAGACGAAGGUGGCAGCAGCGGUGGCAGGGGCGGAUACAGCUGCAGCUGAGGUGGAAAGGUUGAAAGCAGAGGUUGGGGAAGUGAGAGGUGCAGUGGAAGCAGCAGAGGGCGAAGUUGAGAAGCUGCGAGGCGAGGUGGAGCGAGCAGAGGAGGAAGGUGAGCUGUUAAGAGGCAAGGUGGAGGCUGCAGAGGGAAAAGUGGAGCAGCUGAGGGGUGAGGUGGAGGCAGCACAGGGUGAAGCAGUGGCUGCGAGAGCACAGGCAGCGGCAGCGCAGCAGGAGGCAGAGACGGUAAGGGCCACACUGCGAAGCACGGAGCAGGAACUCGUCGCAGCGAAUACCGAUGCAGAGCAGCUGAGGGAGGCGCUGGGGGAGGUGCAGCGGCAGUUGCGUGUUGUGACACGUGUGAAAGAGGCAUUGGAGGGGGAGGUGCGGAAGUGGAGAGAGGAGGCGGUGCUGCGGCAGAAGGUGGAGAGCGGGGAGGAGGGUGGGCGGGCUGAGAGACGCGUGAUUGGAAUGUGGAGGGGCGCUGUUGAGGGCGCUCAGCUGCAGCAGCAGCAGGGGGGACAGGGGCAGGGGGCGCAGCAGGGGAGGCUGACAUCGAGCAUGUCAGUUGACAACAAGCUGUUGCUUGGGCACCUACCAGAUAGCACCCUUGCACGCUCUCUCCUUCCUGCUCCUCCUGCUGAACCUGCCACUGCUGCUCUUUCUAGUGCCACCACUACCAGCAGUGCUGCCCCUGCCACCGCACCUGCAGCAGCAGCAGCAGCAGCAGCAGCAGGGUCCCCAGCAACAACUCUCCCGCCGCGCCCCCCCACUCCAGCCUCCGCCCCGCCCAAGGUCUCCCAUGCCUCCCAGCCCGUGCCCCUGCUCGCCCUGCCAGGUGGCGCCUCCCCCAGUAGCACCGCCUCUGGAGUGUCCCUCCCGGGUCCAGCUGCUGGUGAUGGCACUGCAGUAGAAGGUGGCUUUAAUGCAGACCGUGUUGCUUCUGACGGACUCCCUGCACCUGCAGAUGCCCAACAACACGGUCCUACGGUGCGUGAGGGCGACGUGAUUGGUGGAGGCGCUUGGGCGGCUGCUGGUUCGUCCGGUUCGCCCGCUGCUGCUGAUCCUGUGCCUGCCUUGCCAGUCACCCUUGCACCAGUAACACCUGCACCAGUCACCCCUGCCACUGCACCAGGCCCUCACACCAUCCCUCACUCUGCCACAUCGUCUCGCACUGGCUCCCACACACCCACGCUCGGCUUCUCCCAUUUCAUCCAUCGCUCAAAGACAGACAAUGCCAGGGCGCGCCCCUCAUCCGCUGAUUUCACUUCCGCAAUCAAAGCUGUGCGCCUCGUCUCCGCGUUUCGCAGCCCUGGCACAGGCACCGCCAGCCCUGCAGGCCAGGGAAGCCCGAGCCGGAGCCGUAGGCCGGGGAGCCCUGGUUCGGCAAGUGCAGGGACGAAGGCAAGUGGUAGUGGAGGUGGGACGCUGAGAAGGAUUGGUACAGGGAUGGUGGGGCGGUGGAGGGGUGGCAGUCAGAGUGCAGGUGGCGCCAGUGGAGGCAGUGGUGUGGAAUCUCAGGCUGAGCUGGGGGAGGUUCAGCCUGCACCUGCGCCUCGCACACAGACUUCGACUUCAUCACCCCGUCUCUUCUCGUCCUCCCACUCCCCUUCUGCACCACCCUUCCCCACUCCCUCCCCCUGCAGAGUGCGCAUGGUGCGCGAGGUGAAGUGGGUGGACGAGGUAGUACUGCAUAACACCCGCCUUCAUGCACCGCCUCUUCACGCACCAUCGCGUCGACUUCAUCAUUCCUCUCUCUGCCUUUCCCCCCUCUUCCCCAUUCCCCGUUGUAGAGUGCGCAUGGUGCGGGAGGUGAAGUGGGUGGACGAGGUAGUAGUAGGCACGCCGUACUGCAUCACCCCCGCCUUCAUGCACCGCCUCUUCACGCACCACCGCGUCGACUUCAUCAUUCACGGCGACGACCCCUGCCUUCUGCCCGACGGCUCCGACGCCUACGCGGAAGCCAAGCAGGCGGGCCGGUACCUCGAGGUGCGGCGCACGGAGGGGAUCUCCAGUACGGAUAUUGUCGGCCGCAUGCUGCUCUGCGUGGGCAGUCGAACGGCCGCCACGGAGGCUCAGCAGCAGCAGCAGUCGCUGGAGCGGGAGUUUGCCCACACGGGGUCGCCCUCGCGCUCGCCCUCGGAGCACUGUAACCGCUCUGGAUCGCCUCACGCAGGGUCGCCGUCGCUUCCGCCUCGACCUUCCUCUCCGCUCCCACCCCCCGCGAUGCUCUCCGCCUCCGCUGUUCCAUGCUCGCCCCUGCGACCCUCUCUCCCUCCACCCUCCUCCUCUGCCCUUGCCUCCUCCGCUCCGCACGCAUCCUCCCCUUCCCAUGCGCCAUCUACUGAAGCCGCCUCGUCACCUGCGCAUGCCUCUGCCGCUCCCCCCCUCCACCGCGGCUCUCCCCCAUCCUCCCCAGCCCACCUGUCCAGCUCCCCCGCGCCCCUCCCCGCGCACUCCCCACUUUCACUAGCGCCCGCGCUACCCUCCUCCCCUUCCUGCGCAUCCCUCCCCUCCUCCGCCUCCUCCGGCUCACUCUGGGGGCUCUCCGCCUCCCCCUCCUCCUCCGCCGCCUCCUCCCCCCUGUUCCCCCCGUCGCUCGCGCCCCUCGCCUCCGCGCGCGUGUCGCGCUUUCUCCCCGCCACCUCCACCGUGCUCGAGCUCAGCAGCCACCAGCCGCGCAGCAUAGACCCAUCGGCGCGCGUGGUGUACAUCGAUGGGGCGUUCGACGUCUUCCACAGCGGCCACGUGCAGACGCUACGAGCAGCCAAGGAGCUGGGCACGUUCCUGCUGGUGGGCGUGCACAGCGACGCCACGGUGCGGGCGAACCGAGGGCAGCACCACCCCAUCAUGGGCAUGCACGAGCGCUGCCUCUCGCUGCUCGCCUGCCGCAGCGUCGAUGAGGUCGUGCUGGACGCCCCCUGGGUCGUCUCCGACCAACUGAUAGCAGCGUACAACAUCUGCCUCGUCGUGCACGGCACUGUUGCCGAGUCCAACCCCCUCUGCCAGGGCGAGGAGCAGCGGUACGCGGCAGCGAGGGCGAGGGGCAUGGUGAGGCAGGUGGAGAGCGCUGCAGAGACCACCACCACCACCAUCGUCACCCGUAUUGUCGACAACCACCACGCUUACAUUGUAAGAACCACCGCCGUUGCUGCCUGCGUACGGUCCACCAUCCCAUCACCAUCCCAUCACCAUCCCAUCACCAUCCCAUCACCAUCCCAUCACCAUCCCAUCACCAUCCCAUCACCAUCAUCACACCACUUGCAAUGUGAGGACCACUACCGGUACCUCCGUUACCAUAAACGUCACCUGUUGUGUGUGUGUGCUGCCUCUCCAUUCCCCCUCAUGGCAUCUCUGCUACCUCUCGUCCGCUCACUGCCUUGCUGCUACCUCGCUCCCUUAUCUCGCAAGUGGCUGCUCUCCCUCCCCCGCCCCUCGCUGCAUCGCUGCUGCAGCGCCGGCAUGGCAAGAAGGCAGUGA